UUUAGAGAGGAAACAGGUUAUGAGGAAGUGAAGCUCAGUGACAGACAGCAGCUUCCACGUUACACCUCUACAAAUUUUCUAGCAGGUGAGAAUAACAUUUAAAAACACUCAAACUGGACAUAGUUGUUUUCAUAAAGACGUUGGAGAGGUUGCCAUGCUUGCAUACAUCGGUUAAAACAACAAGAGGACUCCGAAACUGACUGGAUUUUUCAAACUCCUGAAAGUGAAAGUAAAGUUCGGGAAAAACAACGAGAGGGAGGCUUGCACUAGAUUUAUAUUUACUCUUGGAAAAUGGCUUCGAAGUUAGAGGAGGAUUUAUCCUGUCCUGUGUGCACUGACAUCUUCAAGGACCCAGUUCUUCUGUCAUGUAGUCACAGCUUCUGUAAAGCCUGUCUGCAGCAGUACUGGGAAACCAAAGGAUUCAGGGAAUGUCCAGUCUGCAGGAAGAGGUCAUCGAGGGAGUUGCCACCAACCAACCGUGCAUUAAGAAACCUGUGUGAGACAUUUUUACAGAAAAAAAAAAAAAGAAAAAGAGGUCAGAGAGGAGCACUCUGUAGUCUCCAUGGCGACAAACUCAAGCUGUUUUGUCAUGAUGAUCAGCAGCUUGUGUGUCUGGUGUGCCGAGACUCAAAACUACAUAAGAAUCACAACUUCAGUCCCACUGCUGAAGCAGCAGUUGACCGUAAGAAGGAGCUCAAGGUCAAAGUGGAUCCCUUAAAGGGAAAGCUAAUGGAUUUUGAAGAAGUAAAACUCACCUGUGAUAAAACAGCAAAACACAUUAAGACUCAGGCCCAGCACACAGAGAAGAUGAUCAAGGAGGAGUUUGAGGAGCUUCACCAGUUUCUACGAGAUGAAGAGGCAGCCAGGACAGCUGCACUGAGGGAGGAAGAGGAGCAGAAGAGUCAGAUGAUGAAGGAGAAGAUUGAGAAGAUGAGCAGAGAGAUGUCAUCUCUUUCAGACACAAUCAGAGUCAUAAAAGAGGAGCUGAGAGCUGAUGAUAUCACAUUUCUAGAAAACUACAAGAGCACAGUUGUAGUGUAUGAGACAUAUCAUUGGUGGGAGGGCUACACACAAGAGCCGUUUCCAGAAAAAGGCCCCAAAUAG